CUUAGCGAGGCAUCAGUGCACCGCCGCCGGGGCUGGGGCCGGGGCUGGACCUGUCAUUGGAACUGGACGCGGCGGACCUGAAGCUGGGCCGGGGCGGAGCGCCGCGCUGCGCCGGGGCCGCAAGGAGGGGUGUGUUGCUGCCGGCCCACCGCGAGCCGCCCCCAGCCCGCGCCGAGGUGCCCUCCUGCCAGGCCGCCUGCCUCCGCCUUCCGCCUCCCUCCAUUUCCCCGGAAUUUCAGCCCGGCGCGCCUGCACCCCGGCCCUUCUCUGGGUGGGGAAGCUCCGGGCCGCUUUCCGGCUUCACUCCUUCCUCGCAGGCUGGGCUCCCAGCCCCCUCUCUUCUUUUCCUGGAUUGGCUCCCACCCCUUUCGUUCCCCUUCCUUUAGCUCGGGCUCCCUGCCCCUUCCCUUAGCUGAGCCCCAGCUCCUCAGUCACUUUCCUCAGCCAAGGGUCCCAGCCUUCCCUCCUCCUUUUCCUUGCCUGGGGUCCAGCCUAUCCUGUCCCUUCCUCUGUCUCUAGGGUGCAGUCUCUUCCCCCACCCCUUUUUCCAGGCCUGGAGUUCCAGACCUUUUAGUCUCUUCCUGUGGUCCUUUCUGGGUCCUUGUCCCCUUUCCCUAGUUUGGAGUUCUCCAUUGCAAACCCAGCCUCCCUCCAUUCCCAGAGAUCUGCUUCCACACAAUUACCUCUCUAAAACAUGAACUUUUCCUAGGAACUGCCCCAGACUGUCUCCUACCUGCUGACCGCUUGCUACCUAUGUCCCAGGUCUUACUCUCACUUUGCUGACGGUCAAGGCCUGUUGAGCCAAGGGAUCAGCAUGAUGCCUCUGUGGGCGGGCAUCUGUGGCCGCUCUCCCCCACGAAUCUUCCCUUCAUUGCUCAUGGUGGUAGCCUUGGUGGGGUUGCUUCCGGUUCUCAGGAGCCAUGGCCUCCAGCCCAGUCCUACUGCCAGCACCAUCCGAGGUUCAGAGCCACCACGGGAACGCUCUAUUGGGGAUGUCACCACCGCCCCACCGGAGAUUCCCCCCGAGAGCCGGCCUGUUAAUCAUUCCGUCACUGAACACAGCAUGAAGACUCGAAAGGCCUUUCCAGUCCUGGGCAUCGACUACACACAUGUGCGCACACCCUUCGAGAUCUCGCUCUGGAUCCUGCUGGCCUGCCUCAUGAAGAUAGGUUUCCAUGUGAUCCCCACUAUCUCCAGCAUCGUCCCGGAGAGCUGCCUGCUGAUCGUGGUGGGGCUGCUGGUGGGGGGCCUGAUCAAGGGCGUGGGCGAGACGCCCCCCUUCCUGCAAUCCGACGUCUUCUUCCUCUUCCUGCUGCCGCCCAUCAUCCUGGACGCGGGCUACUUCCUGCCGCUGCGGCAGUUCACAGAGAACCUGGGCACCAUCCUGAUCUUCGCCGUGGUGGGCACACUGUGGAAUGCCUUCUUCCUGGGCGGCCUCAUGUACGCCGUGUGCCUGGUGGGCGGCGAGCAGAUCAACAACAUUGGCCUUCUGGACAACCUGCUCUUUGGCAGCAUCAUCUCAGCCGUGGACCCCGUGGCCGUGCUGGCCGUCUUUGAGGAAAUUCACAUCAAUGAGCUGCUGCAUAUCCUUGUCUUUGGGGAGUCCCUGCUCAAUGACGCCGUCACUGUGGUCCUGUAUCAUCUCUUUGAGGAGUUUGCAAACUACGACCGAGUGGGCAUCGUGGACAUCGUCCUUGGCUUCCUGAGCUUCUUCGUGGUGUCCCUGGGCGGGGUGUUUGUGGGCGUGGUCUACGGGGUCAUCGCAGCCUUCACGUCCCGAUUCACCUCCCACAUCCGUGUCAUCGAGCCGCUCUUCGUCUUCCUCUACAGCUACAUGGCCUACCUAUCAGCCGAGCUCUUCCACCUGUCGGGUAUCAUGGCACUCAUUGCCUCGGGAGUGGUGAUGCGCCCCUACGUGGAGGCCAACAUCUCCCACAAGUCCCACACGACCAUCAAAUAUUUCCUGAAGAUGUGGAGCAGUGUCAGUGAGACCCUCAUCUUUAUCUUCCUCGGCGUCUCCACGGUGGCUGGCUCCCACCACUGGAACUGGACCUUUGUCAUCAGCACCCUGCUCUUCUGCCUCAUCGCCCGAGUGCUGGGUGUGCUGGGCCUGACCUGGUUCAUCAACAAGUUCCGAAUCGUGAAGCUGACCCCCAAAGACCAGUUCAUCAUUGCCUACGGAGGCCUGCGAGGGGCCAUCGCCUUCUCCUUGGGCUACCUCCUGGACAAGAAGCACUUCCCCAUGUGUGACCUGUUCCUCACUGCCAUCAUCACUGUCAUCUUCUUCACCGUCUUUGUGCAGGGCAUGACCAUUCGGCCCCUGGUAGACCUGUUGGCUGUGAAGAAAAAGCAAGAAACAAAGCGUUCUAUCAACGAGGAAAUCCACACACAGUUCCUGGACCACCUUCUGACAGGCAUCGAGGACAUCUGUGGCCACUACGGCCACCACCACUGGAAGGACAAGCUCAACCGGUUUAACAAGAAGUAUGUGAAGAAGUGUCUGAUAGCCGGCGAGCGCUCCAAGGAGCCACAGCUCAUCGCCUUCUACCACAAGAUGGAGAUGAAGCAGGCCAUCGAGCUGGUGGAGAGCGGUGGCAUGGGCAAGAUCCCUUCUGCCGUCUCCACUGUCUCCAUGCAGAACAUCCACCCCAAGUCCCUGCCUGCCGAGCGCAUCCUGCCAGCUCUGUCCAAGGACAAGGAGGAGGAGAUUCGCAAAAUCCUGAGGAACAACUUGCAGAAGACCAGGCAGCGGCUGCGGUCCUACAACAGACACACGCUGGUGGCAGAUCCCUAUGAGGAGGCCUGGAACCAGAUGCUGCUGCGCAGACAGAAGGCCCGGCAACUAGAGCAGAAGAUCAACAACUACCUGACGGUGCCGGCCCACAAGCUGGACUCACCCACCAUGUCGAGGGCCCGCAUCGGCUCAGACCCCCUGGCCUAUGAGCCGAAGGCCGAUUUGCCUGUUAUCACCAUCGACCCAGCCUCCCCGCAGUCUCCCGAGUCUGUGGACCUGGUGAACGAGGAGCUGAAGGGCAAGGUCUUGGGGCUGAACCGGGAUCCAGCGAGGGUGGUGGAGGAGGACGAGGAGGACGAUGGGGGCAUUGUGAUGCGGACCAAGGAGCCCUCAUCCCCAGGCACCGAUGAUGUCUUCACCCCUGGACCAAGUGACAGCCCCAGCUCCCAGAGGAUACAGCGCUGCCUUAGUGACCCAGGUCCUCACCCUGAGCCUGGGGAGGGAGAGCCUUUCAUCCCCAAGGGGCAGUAGCGCUGGAGUCAGUGGGCAGUGCCCAUCCCACCACAGACUCUCCCACCAGAACAGGGGCUGCUGGGGGAGCUGGGGACUCCCCUCGUCCUUCCUGACCUGGAUUGGCCCUGCCCCUACCUUGACCGCAUGGCAGCUGGGCCCACAGCCCCAACCGCAGCACGGCUUCCCCUGCCUCCUGGGAAGCGCCCUCCCUCCCACCAGAACUGCCUUCCCAAUCCAUUUGGCAGAACUGUUGGGCUGGGAGGCAGAUUCUGCCCCUUCCUGAUCCAGGCUGUCUCCCAAACCUGGUCCAGGGCCUCUGGGAUUCCCAGCCCUCAGAGGCCUGCCUCCUACUCCGUCGCCCUUCUCAUUCAAACCAAUCUUAGUUCCUAACCAAAGAGCCUCUGGCUCAGUCUUGGUCCCACCUGGAAAGGGAAGGAGCCGAGACCUCUCUUGGCCUAGGCUGGGCCCUACAUUAACAGUGGGAAGACUAGGGGACCAGGUAUCUGGGGUAUGAAUCAGUGACACACAGCAGGCCCACCCUCCUCCUGCUGGCUCUGUCACCUGGCCAGCCACCCUGACCUGUCUUCACUCAGAGCUGCAGGCCGAGGGCAUAUCUGAGCUUCCCUGACUGGAGCUGGGGCACUUUGGACAGUGAUGUGACUUAGCUUUCCAGACUGCUUCCCCAGGGACCACCAGACCCUUCAGGGGCUACUGUCAGGGGAGGGACUGUCAGGGGAUCCAGAAAGUGCUGCCUUUUUAUCUGUUUUGUUUGUUCACACUCCAUGUAUGAUUCAGUUUGCACAGAGGGCAUUCCUGUUUUUAAAACAUUUUGAAAACCCCUGAUUGAACAGAGCUCUGGCCCUCCUACUCCAGAGCAUUACCCCUCCUCAUUUGUGCCUGUGUGCCCAACACUCUCCCCCAGAUCAGUCCUCUGCCUCCUGGGCUCUUAACUGUGGCCCCAAGGCCGUGAUUUUAGAAGCGACCACACACACAUCCCGAUUCAUGAUUCUCUCUAACUCACUGAUGCUGGGCCUCCUGGCACCUCCUUUGCUCUUGGGCCUGACCCUCAGUCCCUGCUGACCUGUUCUUUCUCUCAUUCCCCCCACCCAUCCCCUAGGCCCCUGGACCUCUUAUGUGCCCCCAGACUCCCCCUCUUAUGUGCACCGCACCCAGCUUGCUGUGGAGCCCAGCCCUUGGGGGAGAAGGCCUUCCCCCAGCAUCUCCCACCCCACCAGGGCUGGUGGUGGGCAGAGUCCUGGGCCCUUAGGGGCCUUUGCUCACAGGCACACACUCCCACCCCCACUGCCACCAUGGCCAGGCCCAGGCCUAUUGGUGUCUGUCCUUCCCCAGGAUUGUGCAAUAGUCAGAGUGCCCCUCUUCCCAGCGGACUGGGCAGUGGGUGCUCAUCUGUCCCCCUCCUUCUCCGUGCAAGUGCUGUUUUGGGCAGGAGUCCCCAUGCAAGGGUGACAUUGACAACCAUGUUCAAAGCCACCACAGCUGCUGCCGCUCUGCUGCCUGUACAGAAGAAACCGAAUCUUUUUCAUAUUCUAAUAAACACGUGUGAGUUUUUAUACA